AGAGACCCCCCCGGUACCGUACAGCCCCCCCACACCACACCGGGGUGAGCCCAGCCCUGCUGCAGGGCGCUGGGGUUCACCCCCCCCUGCUCCCAUGGGACGGGGACGCAAAGGGCUGGCCCGGAGCUACGCCUGCUCCUGGAAUUUGUCCCCGUUAAGGGCUGGGAGCUCUUUCCCUCCCCCUCCACCACCGCUUUCUCUGCCCAAAUCUCCUCCAGCCCGGACGCGGAGGCUGGUUCACAGCGAGCUCGAAACUUUUUGAGGCACGUGGAACGCAAACUUCUGAGGGGCUGCCCUGGCUCGGGGCCCCCGCAGGCAGGUUAAUUCGGGGGUGCAGCAUCAAGGGGGGGGCUUGCCUCGCGCCGAGGUCUCUCCACAAUCCCCCCUCACUUGAGAAGGUGCCGGCUGGGGCUGCCCCGCGGCAGGGUGAUGCUGUUGCCUCUGCUCUCUCUCGUCCCAGGUCGCAGCCCCACCAGGACGCCCCCCGCCCCGUUGGAGAACGGCGCCGAAACCCACGCCAAAUGUUUCUGGCGUCCUCGUGGCCGAUUUGGGGGGGGCUUUGCAGCAGCCCCCAAAGGGGGUGGGCUGCCAGGGCGGGUUUGGGGCUUUUCAGGGACCUCUAAGGGCAUUUUUAGCACCUUUACAGCAGAAUUUGGAAGCGUGCGCAGCGCCUGAGUGCUUCCUGCUGCGGGAAGGAGCCCGGGGGGGGGGGUAGCAGUGGUGUGGAGCAGGGGGAGUGAGCUGGGGGGAGGCUGGGCGAGGUGACGCACGCGUUGACCACGUUUUAGCUGGACUUUGAGGCGUUUUAUGGCGUUUGCCCAGCCCUAGCGCCUGCGCUCAGCGAGCGGUACCUCCGAGCACGCUGAGACCUUCGGGGGGGGCUGCCCUGAAGCUCCCCCCACGGUGCUGCUGGUGGAAGGGGGUUCCCAGGGGGUGCCAGCAGGCCGCACCUCAGGCUUGUCACUGUGGGUCACCGCCACAGAGGCGCCGCGACGAGCUCCCAGAGCUGCUGUGAGGUGGGGAUCGAGCCCCCCCCACGCCUCCUGAGCCCCCAUAAUGGGGGCCCAGCCCCCAGAAGCGCUCCCUCACGUGCUGCGGGCGGCCGUUGGGCCCGGCUCCAGCCUGCGGGUGUCACGGUGCCGCUAUCGGGUCUCUGCUGCUUCUCACGCUUCUCUCGGCUCUCGCCUCCGCUCUCGGUUAAUGAUUCACCUUCCUGCGCUGCUUCUUCUGCUCAGCUCCUCGCUGCCAGGCCUCUAACGCCUCGCCGGAACGCGCUGCCCGCGGGCCUCGCUCCUUCUGGAGCCGAGCCGCUCGGUGCUGCGGCCCUCUGCCCCGGCGUCGCUCCUCUCCUCUCCCUGCUCUCUCUUUCUGCUCGCUGCCGAGAGGCCUCGUGCGGGCCGAGGACCGGCGCGGAGAGGUCCCGGGGGGGCUCUGACCGCGGCGAGGGGUCGUGCCCCGCACAGAGCGGUGGCCUGCGGCAGGGCACGCUGUGCUGGGGCGAGGGAGGGAGGAAAACGGUGGCAAAAGGAGCAGAAAGCGGGGCCGGGCAGCUCCGCUGGGCUCACGGUGCUAAUUACGGGGUGGGAGCACACCGAGGCCGACCCGAGCUGUCAGCAGCCCGCUGAUCUUGGCCGAAAGGGUGGGGAGCAGGGCCUGGGGCGGGCAAAGCCCCGCUUUAACCUGACCCCACUCCAAGCCUCGGGCUGGAGGCUGCGGUUUCUCCUUCCCUGCAGUCGGGUGGUGGCCCUGGGGGUGCCAGGAGGACGCGCUCGCUCCGCUCAAGCCCGGGGCCCUUUGGGGAGGUUUCGGUGCAAGCGGGGCCACCGCCGGUGUCGGUCAGCCGGGCUGCGGCUCGGCGGGCUGCACGUAGGGUGGAGCGGGGCCGCGCGCCUCGUUAAGCGUUCGCUCCUGUAACGAAAUGUCUUUUCUCCCCCACUGAUAACCCUCUGUCUGCUGCUUUAUCAGACUAUGCAUUUGUUCACAUGGAGAACGAAGCAGAUGCAAAAGUUGCCAUCGAAAAUCUUAAUGGGAAGGAGGUGAAAGGAAGAAGAGUCAAUGUGGAGCUCUCCACCAACGUGCAGAAAAAGGGCAUGGGCCCGGCCGUGCAGGCCGGCGUCGUGGUGGACAAGAACAAGCGGAUAGGCCUGGAGUACAGGGAGAAGUUCCAGCCCAAGAUCGAGGGCUUCGAGCAGCGGAGGGUCGCGGACGCCGCCUUCCCCUCGGCCGCCGCCGGCUACGCCGCCUCCUCCUCCUCCUCCCUGUACGAUUACCAGCAGCGCUUCGGCACCGCCGCCGCCGGCAAGUACGACGGCUUCGACCCGCAGGCGCGGCCCUCCUCCCCCGCCUACUUCGGGCGGGACCGCAGCCCCCUCCGGCGCUCCCCGACCAGAGCCGGCGGCUACUCGGCGGUGACGCUCCCCAUGACGGCGCAGCCGGCCGCCUACCGCGCCCAGCCCUCGGCCUCGCUGGGGGCCGCCUACCGCGCCCAGCCUUCGGCCUCGCUGGGCAUGGCCUACCGCCCGCAGCCCACCACGGGCCAGGCGGCCGCCUACCGCGCCCAGCCCUCGGCCUCGCUGGGCGGCGCCUACCGCUCCCAGGCCGCCGUGGCCCUGGGCGCCUCGGGCGCGCAGCCCGGCGCCAACUCCCUGGCCUCCUACGGCGCGCAGCCCACCGCCGCCGCCUCCUACGGCGCGCAGCCCGCCGCCGCCUCCCAGCUCUCCGGCUACAGCGUCCAGUCCACGGCCCUGGCCUCCUCCUACGGGGCGCAGGCCGCCUCUGGCUACUCGGCCACCUACGGCGCCCAGGCCGCCGCCGCCUACGGCGCGCAGCCUGCCGCCGGCCCCACGGUUUCCUACGGCGCCCAGGCCGUGGCCACGCACGUAGCCUCCUACGGCGUGCAGGCCGCCACCGGCCACGCUGCCUCCUACGGCGCGCAGCCCCUCGACGGCCACGCCGCCUCCUACGGCGCCCAGGCCGGCGCCGUGCUCUCGGUCUCCUACAGCGCCCAGGCCGUGGCCGCGCACGCCACGUCCUACGGCGCCCAGCCCAUGGCCGGCCACGCCGCCACCGCCUACGGCGCCCAGCCGGUGGCCAGCCACUCGGCCUACGGUGCCCAGCCGGUGGCCGCGCUCUCGGCCUCCUACGGGGCCCAGCCCGCUGCUGGCCACUCGGCCUCCUACGGCGCCCAGCCCGCCGCCAACCUGCCCGCCUCCUACGGCAGCCAGUCCGCCGCCGCCGCGCUCUCCGCCACCUACGGCGCCCCGGCGGGCUCCUCGCUGGCCGCCUCCUACGGCAGCCAGGCCGCCGCCGCCUCCUACAAGGCGCAGGCUUCCGCCCCGCUGACGGCGGCCUACCGAGCCCAGGCCUCCAACUCGAUGGCGGCCUCCUACCCGGCGCAGCAGGCCUCCUCCGCGUCGCUGGCGGCCGCCUACAGAGCCCAGCCGGGCAGCGCCUACGACGGGCCGAGCCAGCUGGGCCAGCAGGCGGCCUCCUACUUGGGCCUGUCGCAGGCCGCCGCCGUCGCACCGCCCUACGAGCGCACCCGCCUCUCGCCGCCUCGCAGCGCCGGCUAUGACGAUCCGUACAAAAAGUCCUCGGCUCUGGCAAAAAGGUACAAUUCAGACCGCCGUUUGUCUGACCUCUCAGAUUACCGCCGCUUAGCGGACUCGCCGCUCGCGUACCGCCGCUCGCCGACAAAGUCCCCGCUGGAUUACCGCCGCCUUCCGGAAGCGCACGCCGAUUACGCCCGCUACUCGGGCGGCUACGGCGAUUACCUGCCCCCGGCCCGCGUGCACUCGGGCUACCAGCGCCGCCUCUAGGGCCGGUGGCGUGCGCCGGUCCCUCGGGACGCCUCCCGGGAGCGCCGCCGGGUCGCUCCCUCCCCUCCGCGCCGUCUCCGGUGGCACCGGCGGCGCAGCGCUCGCCGCGGCACCCAGCGUGGUUCGCCUGCUCCCGGGCAGGGACGGUUAUUUUUAGCUGCCUUUUAUUAUCGUUUUUUUUUUCCCAUCUUUGAUUUUUUUCUCUCGUUUUUAGAAGGUUUUGGAUUCACGGUUUGAAAACACGUUGUUCUGUGCCUGGGGAAAAGCGCCAGGCGGCCGCGCAGCCCCUCGGCCGCUCCCUGCAGCGCCGUUACCGUCGUGGCACCGUCUCCUCUGCGCCGCGCGGGGCUCUCUCAGCCACCCCCUCACCGCCCGGGCGCGUUUUGUAUCCCGAGCGAUCGGCGCCGCCGAGCGAGGAGCUCUUUCAGCUCCCCCAUCCCCAUUUUUUCUUCCCCUCGCCUUUUUUAAAACCCAGGCACGGCGUUGGGCUCGACGCAGCAGCACCGAGUGACGUUUUGUACGACUGUAAAUAAAAAGCUGGGCUGUUUUCCGUUUGGAAA